AUGUUCCUAUGUAAAAAAUACGCGUUUUACGCCUGCGGCGUGUGCGAUUGUUUGCGGCUCCUGCUGCAUGGGCGGGCGCAGACGCGGUCCCGCAGCAGCCGCGGCGGCAGGCUUCGUCACCGCGGCCAUAGUAUAAAAAAAGAGAAUCUUGUUGAGGCAACCGCUCAUUUAAUCAAGGGCAGCGUUGGCGCGGGAGUGCUGACAAUGCACGAAGCAUACAUGAUUGGAGGAAUGUGGACUUCGAUGGCUGCUACGAUGUUAAUAAGAUCAGCACAAAAAAUGUAUCGAAGGUUAAGGAUAUCGAAGUUAUCGUACCCUGACUUGGCCGAAGCCGCUGCAGCGACGGCCCCUUGGGCUCGUGUCAGAAGAUACAGCAAAGUAUUCAGGCCGGCCUGGAAAGACGUCCAAGGUUUUGUAAAAAUUUGUGCAAUAAGCUUGUACAGUACCUCUGGAAUAUGUGUUGCUCUUCCAGUUGAGAACCACAUGAGGAGACCACGACAAUUUCCUUAUGCCUUAAAAUGUGAUCGACCCUCCCAUUGCUAUCGCCCGCCAACUGAUCGCCGAGCGCGGGUGUGCAACCCGCCGCGGACGCCUGCCGGUGAUGCAGCGGGAGCCGCAAACAAUCGCAGACGCCACGACCGUAAAACGCAUUGUGUUGUGUUGUAUUCUACAAAGGCUGUGGGCCCGCAACCGCGGCGGCGGCGGGAGAAAUCGCUUCAGCAAACGGAUCACCUGAUUGUAAACAAUUGGCGCCGCCCAUCGACACCCGAAACACCAGAUGCGUUACAAGUGCGCAACCUCUUGGAGAUUAGGAACCAAUUGACCAAUUAUAAAAUUAAUGACUUAAGGUCAUCCCACAUUUUAAAAACACGUGUACGGCGCGGCGUCGGCGCAGUGACCGCGCGCUUCCAACUAGCGGACGGCGUGGGGCCGGCGCGCGACGAGGUUCACGACAGUUCUUCAAUGCCUUCUUGUGUUGAUGCUGAGCACUACGUUUGCUGUACAGUUCUGGGUGCCCUUUCGAAUAGUUUGGCACUAUAUCAUGAAAAAUUACAAAAGUUAGGGCAGUUCUGUUUGGGUUUCAUUGGACUAGUGUUUCCAGCAUUUAUAGAGCUCUUGGUGGAUUGGGAAGAACUACUUUAUUCUAAAAAAGUCAGCGAGGGCAGGCCUUCCGCUAGGUGGACCGACGACAUCGCCAGAGUUGCGGGGAGCCAACAGUUACUCAUGUCCCUGGGACGCGCUGGAUCUCAGUGUUCCGGUGUUUUCAUGGUUGUAUCUACUGUAGAUCCUGGCUUACAGCGGCAGCGGAUUUGGGAGUUGUGGCGGACGUGUCCCAUUAAAAAAAUGUUGAAGAUGAUAAUGAUGAAGGAACUUUUACGCUAA